AAUGGCUGUUCAAAUGAUAAUAAGUGUAAAUAAUCUAAAACAUAUAACACACACACUUAGAAAUGUUGCUGUACCACUUUGUAAUAGAGCUGCAAGCUUUUCCUCACAUGCAAAAGAGGCUACUGUUAAGAAGCAAAGUACCUCAGCAUUGUAUGUGUCUGGGAACAAAGCUACAACAACUUUUUCAGUUCUGUCACCUUAUCUGGAUUUUACAAAAUGUUUCCAAGACAUAGGCAGACUGGAAGCUAAUGUCAAGCUCCGGGGAUUUGACACAGAUGUCAGAGAAUUAUCGAGGAUGUGGACAGAGUUGAAGGAAAAGGAAUCGGAGAAGGAGAAGCUAGAGAAAGAGAGAACUUCAGUAGCAAAGCUGAUGAAAGAGUGUGCAAAGAUGAAGGAUAAGAAUGUAAAAGAAAUGCAAGAGCUUAAAAGGCAAGGCAAAGAUAUUCGAGAGCAGUUGAAGAGCAUCACCCAAGAGAUCUGGGACCUGGAAGAAAAGGCUGUUAUUGGUGCUCUGCAGUUGCCGAAUGUGCUGCACAAGUCAACAGGUGAAUAUGAGAAGGAGCUUUUUAAGCUUUUUGAGAAACCAAAAUAUGAUUUCCAAGCCAGGAGCCACGUAGAACUGGGAAGGAUUAAUCAGGAAUUGGAAUUCAUUAAUGUCUCACCUUCAGCUUAUUAUUUAAAAGGGAGAUUGGCAGCCCUUGAAUUAGCAUGUAAUGAUUACUUCUUGACAAACUUUAAAAAUCAUGGAUAUUUAAUACAUUCAAAUCCAGAUUUUGCAAAGGCAGUCAUUGUAGAAGGCUGUGGGGUGAAUAUUGAUGAGAGAGUGUUUGCAUUGGGUUCUCAUGAAAGUGAUACAGAUAGUAAUUUGCAGUACCUUGUUGGAGGUGGAUCUUUGCAAGCAUUUGCCGCAUACUUUACAAAACAGGUUAUUAGCAAUCCAGAAUGCUUACCUCAGAAACUAAUCACUGUAGGUAGGCAUUAUGCUCCACCCAGAGUUCAUAAUCCAAGCCUUUUACAUGCUGGACAGUCUACAGUUGUUGAUGCCUUUUUGCUGUACCAUUCUCAGGCAAUUGAUGAAGAACUAUUGUUGAAUGAAGUGCUCAUGGCUCUUGUGCAGAGCUACUCCAGACUUAAUCUUCAUUUUAGACUGACACAGUAUUCAGCCCAGAGACUUGAGCCACAAGAAAGUGCUGCCAUAGGUCUGGAAAUGUUUUCUCCACAUACAGAAGAUUAUCACGAAGUAAGUCGUAUUUCUCUGUACGGGGAUUUCAUAAGUAAAAGACUUUGGUCUCUCCAUAAGACUGGUCCUUCAUCAGCUAAUUUUCUAUCAAUGAUCCAUGUUAAGGUAUGUCAUAUGUCUCGAUUAUUGGCUCUUAUAAUGGAAAAUGGUCAGAAAGAAGAUGGAUGUUACCAGAUCCCAACAUGUAUAACUACUUGUGUAGAUGAAUUGUAAUUAUUUGUAGAAAUAGUUGUUUUGUACAUAGUUUCAUAAAUAAAUGUUAUGAAUGUGUAA